CCUCCGAUUGCAUCCGAUCUCCCCCGGCGCUCGGAUUCGGCGGUCUCCAACGAGGCUGCGGAAUCGCCUAGGAUCGCGGGGAUCCGAAGCGAUUUCUCUGAGAUUGGGGGGAAAUUCAGGAGUGGGAUAUCGAGCUUCUCGAGUAAUUUGAAUCCUUUUGGAGGAGGAGGAGGAGAAGAAGAAGAAGAGGAAGAGGAAGAGGAAGAGGAAGAGGAAAAGGAAGAGGAAGAGGAGGUGGAGGAAGUGAGUGUGGUUGGCGUUACUGAGGAAGUAAUGGCGUUUGUGAGGAACAUUGGGAUGCAUCCGGAGACUUGGCUUGAUUUCCCUUUGUUCGACGAGUUUGAAGAUACCCAUGAUUUUGAAAUGUCUGAUGCUCAACAGGAGCAUGCCUUGGCUGUUGAAAGUCUUGACCGAAGAUUAGCAGCUCUAAAGAUUGAGCUUUGCCCAAACCAUAUGACCGAAGGGUGCUUCUGGAAAAUCUAUUUCAUAUUGCUGCAUUCUAGACUUAAUAAACAUGAUGCUGAACUUUUAUUGACACCUCAGAUUGCUGAAGCAAGGGCAAUGUUGUUCCAAAUGCUGCAGGGAAAAACAAAAGCAGAUUAUGAGCCGUCCAGUCGAAGUCUACCCUAUAGAAAUAUAGAUACAUCUUCAGUUUCAGCUGGAGAACAGGUUGCAUCACCAUCUGAGAUUAAUCCAACUAAACUGUAUCCAUUAGAGGGUCCAAUAUCUGAGGAUGAGAUCAUUGGUAAGCCUGUUAUUAAAGAAGAUCUAGCCACUGAAUCCAUGCAUAAGGAUCUAGCAUGUAACUUCUCAGAGAUCUCCAUUCAUGACUAUGAUGACAAUGAUGAUGAUGAAUGGUUGAAUGAUGAGUCAGGUGAUAUCUCGGGUACUACAUUUAUGCCCUUUGGAAAUGAGGAAGAUGUAUCCUUUAGUGACCUUGAAGAUGAGGAUGAGCCAAGAGCAUCAUCUAGUUCAAAAACAGCUACGUAUGAGGUAAACACCUCAGCUUCAAGUGCCUUUUCAAGCAACAGAUCUGAUCGAUAAUGAACUCUUCUUUGUUAUAUUUGUGCAAUAUGAUCUGGUAUUUAUUAUAGUCUGAGCAAUGUUUUCAUUUUUGUGGCAUAGAUGUUCUGUAUCAUUCUGUGAAUGUAUGUUUUUUUUUUUCCUUUUUUUAUUUGGUAGGCUAUUUAAAUUGGACUGAGUAAAAUUCUUCGAAAGUAUUUAUACCUUC